AUGGCAGCAGAACAAAAGGAUGAGCAUGAGGAAAGCAUCCGAGUAUGUUGCAGGUUCCGACCGCAAAAUCAGCAAGAGAAGGAGGCGUCCGGCAAGAUCUGCAUUCAGCUCAACGAAGAUGGGACCUCAGUGUACACGCCGGCGAUUGACAACACCUUUGUGUAUGAUCGCGUGUUUAGCAUGGAGUCCACCCAGAAGGAGGUGUACGACUACGCAGCUAAGCCAAUCAUCAACGGCGUGUUGAGGGGCUUCAAUGGCACGGUCUUCGCAUACGGCCAGACGGCCUCGGGCAAGACCCACACUAUGGAGGGUCCAGACACCGAAGAUGAAAUUCAGAUGGGCGUCAUUCCAAGGAUGAUAUGGUCCGUCUUUGAUGGUAUCUCCCAAGCUGCGGACUACAUUGAAUUUGUGGUCAAGGUCUCCAUCGUUGAGAUCUACAACGAGCGCAUUCGCGAUCUGCUUGAUCCCAAGAAGGACAACCUUAAGAUUCACGAGGACAAGGCUCGAGGGGUGUUCAUCGGAGAAGUGACCGAACAUUAUGUCGGGUCUGAGCAAGAGAUCUUCGACAUAAUGAAGAGCAGUUCCUACAAUCGGGCAGUCGCGGCGACCAACGCGAAUGAGCAUUCAUCAAGGUCACACUUGAUUUUCAUGCUCACGAUCGAGCAGAAGAACCUGCAUGAUCGAUCAGUCAAGGUCGGCAAGCUGCAUUUGGUUGAUCUUGCCGGCAGCGAGAAGGUCGCAAAGACCGGAGCGUCUGGCGAUCGCUUGGAUGAGGCCAAGAACAUCAACAAAUCCCUCUCGGCUUUGGGAAAUGUGAUCAAUGCUCUGACCGACCGCAAGUCCUCGCAUGUGCCGUACCGCGAUUCGAAGCUCUCCCGGGUGCUUCAGGAGUCCUUGGGUGGCAAUGCCAAGACUUCGCUCAUCAUCACUUGCUCCCCAUCGUACUACAAUGAGCAGGAGACUAUCAGCACGCUUCGUUUUGGCCAGAGAGCCAAAAUGAUCAAGAAUGUGGUGAAAGUGAACCAGGAAAGGUCGGUGGAGGAGCUCAAGCUCCUUCUCAAGAAGCGGGAUCAGGCAGUAGCAGAGCUGCGCGCUCGCAUUGCCCUGUUGGAGAACACGCUGCGCUCCAACGGCCUAGCCGUGCCGGAGGACAAGGGGCUGACCAUUGCUGUGCCCAACUCGGGCACCGCGGGCGCCCCAGAAGACAGCGAGGAGUUGGAGGAUCAGCUGCAGGAGUUGAGGGGCAAGCUGAAAGAGCAGUCUGAGCAAUUGAUCGAGGCCAACAAGGAGAAGGAAGACGUGCUUUCGCAGCUACGUGCCGCGGAGAGCGAGCAGCGACGAUUGUCAUUGCAAGUGCUGAAUGCUCAUGACGAAUUUGAAAGCAUGCAGUACGAGCGCAACGAGCAGGUCUCCGAGCUGGAGAAGCUCCGGAAGGAGAAUACGGCGCUGCGGCAAGAGCUGGACGCAGCUAACAAUGGAGGAUUCCAGGAACUCACCAAGAGUCACCAGAACCUCAUGCAGCCCGCGGCAGCCAGCACACCGACGAGCAAGGGGGCGGCGGCGCCCCGGCAAGGGUCUGCAGAGGACAAAGACCCAGACAGGCCGCUUAAGAAGAAGGUGGAGAAGCUGGAUCAGAAUCUUGAGCAGCUCACCGUGAUGUACCACAAGCUCGUUGCACAGAACAGCGGCUUGAAGGUGGAGGUGACCGAGAGCGACAAGAAAAUCCAGCGCAAGGACCAGCGCAUUCAGCAGCUGGAAAAGAACCUGCGCGAGGCCAAAGGAAAGUAUGAGAAGCUACUAACGCAAUGUGCAAAUCUCACAGCCAUGAUCGAUGCCGGCAGCUCAGUCACUUGCAUCCGGUGCGCGUUGGCUGGCGCGAACUCCAGGUGCGAGGUAGCGAUGCCAGCCCCGGCUUCAGUAUUGAAUGUGGUGUGCAGCGAUUGGCUCUGCUUCUGGCGCGAGCGUGGCAAAGGCAUGCUUGGUGAUGCUCCCGCUGCCAGCUCAGAUCAGAGGAAUCUGACGCUGGCGGCGGCUAUGCGCUCAACUCGACCUGCAGAAUCCGUGUUUUCCUUUCUCAACAGUGAGGUCACGGCAGAGCCAUCUGGAGGUGCCACUGAAAAGAGCAGUCCUUUGGAAACCUCGGCCGCCCCGCUGAGCUCUGCGUUCUCCUUCGUGAGUGGAGGAAGCCAAAGCUCUUAUGCCCCGAUCGAGCCAGCAGGAAGCCAAAGCUCUUAUCCAGCUGCAGCAUCGAUGCUCGGGAGCUUGGACCAGGCGCCGAUUGAGCCGGCAGGUCUGGACGGUGCUCGCAAGAAGACCCGCAAGGCCUUGAGACCGGGCCACGCCUCGCGGCCCGAGGAGGCAGCACAGGACGCGCCCCUCGGGCACGAUUUCCAGGCGAAGCCGCCGCCUCCGCCGGAGCCGAUGGAGCAGCACACGUACGAUACAGGGCCGCUGGAUCAGCUAGCCGCAGAGGCACAGGGCGCUGCUGGCCUCUCCCCUGUGCAGGAGGUGACCAUGGACAGAGCCCCAGUGCAGACCGUUGAGAGCAAGACCGUGGAGCCUAGCCAGGCGACUCACAUCCCAGAGCCGGUCGAACAGGCUCCUGCUGUGGAGGGUCGGAGCCCGGAGCCGAUGGACAGGCCCCCAGAGCCUGCCGAGAAGCCCCUCAGGGAGCCCGAGGCGGCGACGCCGGAGCCAAAGCCGGAGCCGAAGCCAGAGCAGAAGCCGCCGCCGCCCCCCCCGCCGCCGCCCUCUCCGGAAGAGCAGCUGCAGCGUGCGUUCAACGUGUCCGGCGUGCGCCAGUGGUUGGAUGUCCAGCUGCUGGAGAGUGAGAAGGAGCACAGGCGGCUACUGGAAGCAGAGGCCUCUUGCCUCUCAGCCAGUCAGCAGACGGCAGAGAACAUCACUGCACUCCGCGCGAAGCUUGAGAAGACCGAGGCAGAGCAGAACAGCCUGUGUGACAAGGAGCAGUAUGAAGAGGCAGAUGCCUUGGAUGUGACCAUCCAGGAACUGAAAGACAAGAUCUCCAAGGAGUUUGAGGAGGUUGCCAGUGGCGCCAAGAAGCUGGUCACCUUCGCCGGGAGCUUGCUCAGCCUCUCCAGGGAUCGAGCUUCACUGGCCAAACAAGCCUUGGACCGCGUGGAGGCGCUUCAGCUGGAAGGAGAUGAGGCCUUCAAGACGACGGAGGAGCGUUGCCAGCGAAGGUUGUCGGCGGAGCAGGCCCGCUUGGAGUCCGAGAGGAAGCGCAUGGACCUCGCGGAGUCACACAUUCAGAAGGAUUCUGCGAAUCUUCAGGAAGAGUGGCAGCAGGUGAAUGAGGCCAUCGACCAGCAGACGGUGGAGGAUGUUGACGAACGGGAUACGGCGAUGGCCAAGAGGUCGGAGCUUGAUGAGGAGAUCCGGGAGUUGGAGAGGCUCCUUGCCAAAAAGCUGGAGCAGCGAAAGGAACUGACGCAGGUCAUUGACUCCUGCGACAUCAGAGUCGCCAGCAUCAGGUCCAAGUUUGAGAAGCAGCUCGGCCGGCUGGAAGGCAAGCAGAAGAGACUAGAGGAAGCGCAGAAGGAGAUGGAGGUGGAUUCGCAGCAAGUGUCCCAGAUGGAAGCAGAGCUGGAGAAGGAGCGGGAGGCGCUGAAGGAUCAGGAAACUUAUCACCGGCAGCAGAUGAAGGAGAUCCGGAAGGCCUCCAAGGAUCUGCGGCGGCAGAGGUGGUUUCAGUCCGAAGUCAUCCAGCGCCGUGUGGUUUGGCAGAGGCUGAUGGAGCCGCAUCGAGACUCUUUGAAUGAGGCGCGGAAGGGCUGGGAGCAGGCCACGCAGAAGUGCGGGGAGCUGUCGGCAAGAUCUGCCAGCCAAGAGGCGGAGGCGGCAAAGCUGCGGAGCCAGAUCGACGCCUCGGUGCAGGCGCUGCCCAGUUUGGAGGCAGAGAAGAAGUUGGCGGUGGCGUCGCGCAGUUUCAAGGAGGCAGGUCGCCUCACGGAGGAGAUUCGGAGGCGAGAAGAGGGUAAGAAGAAGUUUGAGGCUGAGCUGGAGUCUCUCCAGGCGGAGCUUGCCUCGGCCAGGGAGGCACUGGCGGAGUGCCGGCAGAGCGAGCAAGACUCGCAGGGUGAACUGCUCAAAGUGGAAGAGAACUGCGCAGUUGAGGAGCUGCGCGUGCUCAGACACCAGGUCUCUGACCUUGAGGAGCUCUGCAAGUUGCCGUCCGUGAGCUCCAGUGACCGGCGCUUGUACGAGCAGGAGGUCAGUGUUUUGAAGCACCAGCAGGAGCAUCUUGCCAAAAAGUACAACAUCGACCCUGCGGGCUUGGAGGACAUCCCCACGGACGUGGUCGAGAGCCUGGAGGACAAGAGGGUGAUCGAAGUCCCAAGUGACGACUCGGAGGACGAGCAGGUGCCAAAUGGUACCUCAGAGCCAGGCGUUGUAACUUCGUUGGCAUCCAGCGCAGAACCAGAGGUCUCCAGCCCAAAGGAAGCAGAGGUCUCCAGCCCAAAGGAAGCAGAGGCUGAGGCGAAUGGGGAGGCCGACGAGGCUGGCGAGGCCGGCGCCGCCCAGGCCGGCGCGGCCUUGAGCCCCAGGGCGGCCCAAGAGCGACUGACACAGCUGGUAGCCGGCAUUGAGGACCUCAAGGCAGAGCUUGGGGCUCUCGAGCCUCAAAUCGAUACGGCCUGCGAAGUGGAGGACUACGAUCUGGCUGAGGAGCUUGAGAACAAGCGCAGGGAGUUGGCCCAGCAACAGGAGGACUUGGAGAAGGAACUGGAGGAACUUCGGCAGCAGCUGCCGGAGGACGAAGAUGUGGAGGUCAAAGAACCGAAAGAAGAGCAGUGUGUGCCAGAAGAAGGCUGCGAGGCUGAACCAGAGGCACCUCAAGAAGCACCAGAAUCUCCGCAAGCUCAAGACGCUCCCGACUCUCUGCAAGAAGCUCCGGAGCCCACAGCGGCUGAGGAGUCAGAGAAGGCCGAGAGCUGA